AUGCGGAGCCACGCUGGGUGCAGGACUUUCCCUGAGCGCACUACCCGCCCGGAUUUCACUGGCGGACCACUCUUAGGCAUCUGCGCUGCCACAGCAGGAUGUGGCCUUUGCGUGGAUUUUGUCAGCGACUGCUGUGCCAAAGAGGGACGCGUCCUCAUACAUCGUGAUGUUCUUCUGCAGGCGAAGAAUGUGCUGCGACACGUCUUUACGUUCUACACCAUUUGUGAGUCCAACCCAAUUGCCCGUUUUUUUUUCCGACAAAAGCAUGAGUGGCUGGUGCUGGAGUCACAUGAACUGCGCUAUUACACCGUUCAAAAGAACCCUGCAAUGGGCGAUGUCUUGAUGGACGUCAAAAGUUCUCUUCGUGCCGCCAAUGACGUGGGAUUGAGCGUCGCUCGACGCCCCGUUCACACAGGAGAAAUUUGUCUGCACCGCGCAGAUUUGGAGUUUGAGCUUCCAAAUGAUCUCCAGAUUGCCUACAUGAUUGUGUGGCUGGGGAAGGAGGACCCGCGCUGGUCCUUUUCCACGGAAAACUUCAGGCAGUUCACGACGCGUGUACGAUAUGCACUGAAUGACUUUUGA